CGGCGAGUGCGCGCUGUCGCUGGCGCGCGGCGGGCCGGACCGGCCCCCGGGCGUCGCGCGGAGACCAUAUAAGCAGCCAGGCCGCGCCGGCAGUGCAGUGAAGGUGACAGCGCCCCGGGAUGAGCCUGCUUUACGUCACCUGUUUGGCCCUUGUGGCCGGCUGGGCGGCGGCCGACGUGUGCGUGCCGCUCCUGGAGUGCAAGGAGCUGCUGGAGGCGGAGCCCACCGAGAACCCGUUCGCGGCCGGGCGGCUCUGCACGCUCAAGGACGGUUCUGAUGGCGUGCUGUGCGGCUCUAGCGAUCUCGGCAACAGGUUCGGCAGACCGCAAGCGGCCGCAGCCGCUCCGGGCAUUUUCUUCCCGGGGCAAACCAGCAACAGCAAGAACGUGUUUGACGUACAGCCCCUGAAGAACCGCCUCAAGGACCAACAGGAGCUGGUGAUCAGCGACGCUGUGCAGAAAGCACCUGUGGUAGUGGAAGCAAAGCAGAGACUGGAGGAGGUGGGGCGGGUGGUGGACCAGCUCGCUCAGAGAGGGGCCAACAGGGCUCGCGCCAGAUCACCAGAGAGCCUGCAGCUGUUGUUCUCGCGACCGCAGUCGAGCGAGGCUGAACGGUCGGCAGAGGCAUCGCUGCAGUCUGUUGAGGUACUGACGAAGCUGAAGGAGAUGCGCGCCGUCGGCUCCAAGGCAUUCAGCGCCGAGGCACCACUGUUCGGAGUGGGUCUGCAGGACCGCGCCAACUUCCCCGCCUUCCCCGUUCUCGGCGACGACAAGAUUCCCGGCUGCGAGGUGCCCGCGCGCCCCAACUGUGCCGGAUCAGGCAACUUCCGCACGUUCAAUGGCGAGUGCAACAACCAGGAUGAGCCGCGGCUGGGGCGCGCGCAGACGGCCUUCUCGCGUUUCUUCCCGGCCGAGUACGAAGACGGCAUAUUCAAGCCGCGCUCGUCCGGCCUUGGCGGCCCGCUGCCGUCGGCACGGCUUGUCAGUCAGCGCGUGGCGAACACGUCCCCGCGCGACGACAACUUCCGCACGCUCUCCGUCAUGCUGUUUGGCCAGUUCAUCAACCACGACAUGAUUUCAACGGCGGCGUUCACGUUGCCGGGCGGCGGGGGACUGGCUUGUUGCAACAGUGACAACUCGUUCCCCGAUGAGCCGCUGCACCCCAUCGGCUGCAACCCGAUCCGUGUGCCGGACGACGACCCCUUCUACUCGCAGUUCGGCCGCAAGUGCAUGAGCCAGGUGCGCUCGCAACCGGCUCCGUUCGAGGACUGUAUCGCCGGUCCGACCAACCAGCUGAACCAGGUGUCGCAGUUCCUGGACUCCUCCAACAUCUACGGCAGCAGCAAGGAGCAGGCGGACCGGCUUCGUGCUUUCACCGGUGGCCUCAUCAAGAGCAGCGACGGCAACCUCCUGCCGCAGGUUGGCGGCCGGUUCAUCUCGGGUGAGGGCCGCCUAAGCGAGAACCCUGGGCUGGCCUUCAUGCACACCAUUUGGACACGCGAGCACAACCGCGUGGCGGCGGUGCUGGCGAGGAAUCACCGAGACUGGGACGACGAGCGGCUGUUCCAGGAGGCGCGCCGCAUUGUCAACGGCGAGUACCAGAACGUCGUCUACAACGAAUACCUGCCCACUGUACUUGGCUUCAAGUACACGCGUGAACAUGGUCUCGACCCAGAGUUCGGACAUUCCUUCAGCUACUCGGAUCAGGUGGACCCGCGCAUUACGUCCGAGUUUUCAACAGCCGCCUUCCGCUUCGGACACUCGCAGGUACAAGACUUGUUCAUCCUACGCAGCGAGACAGGCCGCAUCUUGAAGACGCUGGCCAUGGAGGACACGUUCUUCCGUCCCGACCUACUCACCGGACCGGGUGUUAUGGCGCAGUUCGCGCGCUCACUGACGCGCCAGAAGCCGCGCUCGGUCGACAACACCUUCUCCGCCUCUGUGCACGAGAAGCUGUUCGCUCAGGGCGCGCCAUCCGGGCUGGAUCUGAUCGCACUCAACAUCAACCGCGGUCGUGACCACGGCCUGCCGACCUACGUCACGGCGCUGGAGAACUGUCUGGAGCGCUCGCUCGACGGAGAGUGGUCUUCCCUGGCGCCGUUCUUCGAUCCGAAGGUACUGCAGAGCCUGCAAUCGGUCUACAGCAGCAUUUUUGACAUCGACCUCUUCAUCGGUGGUGUGGCCGAGAAGCGAAAGCCCGGUGCACUGGUCGGCGAGGUGUUCCAGUGCAUCAUCGGCGAGCAAUUCUUCGCCACCCGAUACGGUGACAGGUUCUUCCACGACAACGGCGACAUGCCCAACAGUUUGUCGUUCCAGCAAGUACGCGAGAUUCAGCAGUCGAGCUGGGCGCGUAUCCUCUGCGACAACAUCGAGGACCUGGAGGCGAUACAGCCAUUGGCGCUGUGGCAGCCCUCCGUCUUCUUCAACAGUCUGCGCGGCUGCAAUUCAUUCGCCAUUCCCCGUGUCGAUCUCAACGUGUUCUAGGCGUGCUCAGGCCCCCCGCCCCCCCCCCCCCCCCCGCCCGGGAAGGCGCUGUCUGCCCGCUGGCUCCGGGUUUCCGUCUCGCUGCGCGACGCAAUGAGCUGUGACAGGCUCUUACAGUUCAACGGACGCGGCGAGGGGAGUAGAGGAAAAUGGAAUGACAGCAUGGACUACUUCUGACAGCUUUGCGCUGGUGUUGACGUCAGUGUUUCAUAAGCACUGACCCUGUCCGUUGGAUCCGCCAUCAAUUCAGGUGACCGGCUUUUAUCGAGGUCGCACCUCCUGCGCUAAUUCGUAACUUAUAAGUGGCUCAGUCGUGGGAACUGUUUGACAUUUGUGACCGGAAGAUGCCCGUAUCAACGACACCGUGGAUAACGCACUGUUCGGCCAGCGCUCCCGCUAGCUAGCGUCAGCGCUCGCGCGCUCCUUCAGGGAGACUGCCACUGCGCCAGUGACUGGGUCGGAAAGCCGACUCCAUGAGCUCCGUCAGGGCGUGACGUCAUCGCUGCCAUAUCAGCGUGCCUACUCGGUUGAUCCGCUGCUGUUAAUUUCUCGGACCUUGUGCGUGUGUUAUCGUGAGCCAUGGCGCACCACGGCAAUGGAGAAAAGUCAUUCAUACUGCGGAUAGAGCUUGGCCCGUUUGAGGGGAUGUUGCAGUGGUUGUUGGUUCAGAGUAUAUCAUCUCGCGGAGUGAGUCCUUUGUCAGAUUGACUUGGAUGUGAUUUUGUGCUGUGUUGGGACGCAUCUACUUGCACUGUGUCUGUAAAUAUAGUUGUGAAUGUUUA